AUGAGCUCCAACCACCAAGACAUGCAGCAUGUCAGCGCUAUCGAUGCAAGAUCUUUUGUUGAACAAGUCCUCGUUGGCAACGGAGCAUCGAAAGAUAAUGCAACUAUCGUUGCCAAAUGUUUGGUGGAAGCUGACCUCCGUGGGGUGGAUACUCACGGCAUUAACCGCAUUCCCAGUUACAUGGCUCGCAUCAGAAAAGGUGUGCUUGACGCGGCCGCAUCACCGACUCUUCGCCGAAUUACACCAGCAGUUGCUCAAGUUGACGGGCACAACGGAUUUGGCUUUCUUGCAGCCCACAUGGGCAUGGCAGCAGCAAUUGACAUGGCGAAAGAAUUUGGCAUUGGUCUUGUCUCAGUUAAGCACUCGAACCACUUUGGAAUGUCGGCGUGGGUUGUGCAACAAGCACUUGACGCAGGUAUGAUGAGUCUUGUCUUCACAAACUCUUCGCCCGCUCUACCCGUGUGGGGUGGCAAGUCCAAACUUAUGGGAGUCUCACCAAUUGCUUGUGGAGCCCCAGCGGGGAAAGGCAGACCCUUCAUCAUGGACAUGGCGCCAUCAGUCGCAGCACGGGGUAAGAUUUACAAGGCUUUGCGAAGAGGGGAGAAGAUUCCUGGCGACUGGGCACUCGACAAGGAUGGUCAACAAACGCAGGAUCCAGCUAAGGCACUUGAAGGUGUCAUGUUGCCUAUGGGUGGACCUAAGGGCUCCGCAAUUGCUAUCAUGAUGGACGUCUUCUCCGGGGUGCUGUCAGGCAGCGCAUUCGCAGGCCAUGUCAUCAACCCUUACGAUCCUUCGAGGCCAGCAGAUGUUGGGCACUUCCUUGUCGCCAUCAAACCGGACCUCUUCAUGAGUAUUGAAGAAUUCAAGGAGCGGAUGGACUACCUGUACCAGCGUGUCAUUGGGUCCGAUCGGAUGUCUGGCACCGACCGCAUCUACUUUCCAGGCGAGAUUGAGGACCUAAACAAGGAGAAGCGCCUAAAGGACGGGAUACCGCUUGUGGAAGCCGAGGUGGAAGCCCUGAACAAGGAGGCUCAACAAGUUGGAGCCGCAUGCAUCCUGACCUCGCCGCCUGCGCCGAGGUCACGUCUGUAA